UGUGGAGGGCUGCUGGUAAAGCUUGAAGAAGACCGUCCCAGGUAGGCCUUCGAGAUAGUCAAAUGGACGGGAUGGAGCGGCCACCAUCUUGCCUGCAGGAUUCAGCGAGACUUCAGCUCCACGGCAUAGUGGGAUCGCCUCGAAGUGAUGGGAGGAACGGACAAAGAGAGAGCAAGAGGGAAGGAAGGUUGAGAAAUCAUGCGCUCCGGUGACCCGAGCGGCCACGAAGCGCAGUCCGGGCCGAUGACCUCACGGGACUUGCCUGGUCUUCCGCACUUCCUCCCGCGUCGCCCUCUCUCCCUCUCUCUCUUCCACCACCACCCCCGGCUUGUAUAAAGGAUGCCUGCGUUGCGAUUCGUACGAUCGGUUUGGGAGUCCUUUCGGGCUACUUCGGGCCUGGAACCUCGUCUUCUCAACAAUCUUCGCGUGACCGCUGCUAGACCAGGAGUAGUCAAUUUCGAGCUCGACAUCCAGAAGGAGCAUACGAAUCGCCUGAGUAUCCUCCACGGUGGCACCAUUGCUAGUAUGGUGGACCUAGGUGGAUCACUGGCCGUUGCCUCUCGUGGGCUGUUUGCUACGGGCGUCUCUACCGACCUUAAUGUAACAUAUCUCAACUCCGGAGGCAAAGUUGGCGACAAAAUCCUAGCCGAGGUCAACUGUGAUAAAUGUAGCUUUCCGCCAUUUGCCCUGUCUAUCAUUGCGGUAGAUGCCCCCGAAUUGAUUCUGAACACAAUUGACCCCUAUGUUGCAGUUGGCAAAACACUUGCGUACACCUCCAUCAAAUUUCUGAACAGUAAGGGUGAAGUCGUUGCAAGAGGAAGCCACACCAAAUAUGUGGCACGCGCCUGGAAAGAUCCUCAGAACAUUGUUGAGGAGCUAAGUGAGAGUGAUCAGAAAUAGGGUCUCUAGGGCAUGCAUGCACAGGGCCAUUCAUCUACUACACCAAACGGAGUGCAUAGGAUCGGGUGCGUUGUAAAUUACUGCGGCACAGAAGGUUCACGUCUUAGUCUCUAGAUAAUCGAAUGUAAAUAUCUUGGUUGCAUUCUCCU